AUGCAUCCCCGUGGCGAUUCUCUGAUCAAUACUAUCACGGAAAACUGCGACAGCACAAUUGUGGUUGUUCGAUCCGUCGGCCUAGUCGACAUGGAGCCCAGCCCUGUUCUUGUUGACAUUCUCUACGGCGAAGUGAACCCCUCUGGCAGACUGGUCUACACAAUCGUGAAGAACCCCAGUGACUAUGCCCAGUCGGAAAUUGUCGCGGAGCCACAGCCAUACCCUCAGAACCACUGCACGGAGGGUGUACCAGUUGACUCCCGAGGCUUCGAAAAGAACAACACGAAGCCUCGCUUUGCAUUCGGCCAUGGCCUAUCCUACUCGACAUUCACGUACACGGAUCUCGAUGUUUUCAAGCACCGUGGACUAACCACCGCUCUGGAAGCCCCAAUUGAUUAUGUUAGGAAUGCACCAGGUGGAGACAUGGCGCUGUACGAUGUAGCAAUGAAUGGUGAAGUGACAAUUUGA